AUGUACUCGCUUAGUACUAUCAUCAUGUUCAUCUCUGCCAUCUCGCUCCUCGGUUUCAUCACCUCCGCAUCGGCUCACGGCUACCUGAAGUCCAUCUCGGUCAAUGGCGGAGCCAACUACCUAGCCUGGCAAGUCGGCCAAGACGACUACCUCACUCCCGAACCUGUUCGCUACGCGCGUCGCAUCAAAGACAACGGACCGGUUCCUGAUUUUACGUCCAAAGACAUUACGUGCAAUGUGGGAGGUAACCUGCCAGCGAAAGGCGUUAUACCGGUUGUGCCGGGGGAUAAGGUCAAACUCCAAUGGGACCAAUGGGGCUCCUCGCACUCCGGCCCAGUAAUGAACUACCUCGCCUCCUGCGGCAGCAACUGCACAAACUUCAAAGGUGACACCGGAACCCCCUGGGUCAAAUUCGACCAAAUGGGCUACGACACCAGCAAAUCCCCUCCCUGGGGCUCCGACUACCUCGCCAAGCAAGGCGCCAGCUGGACCGUUACCAUACCCGCUGGCCUGAAGCCCGGUGAGUACCUGCUCAGGCACGAGAUACUGGGGCUGCAUGUUGCGGGGACGAGGAUGGGGGCGCAGUUUUAUCCGGCGUGUGUGCAGAUAAAGGUGGGUGGGAGUGGGGAGAAGAGUCUGCCGGGCGGUGUGGGACUGCCCGGGGCGUAUGAUCCGGAUGAUAAGGAGGGGGUGCUUGUGCAGCUUUGGCAGGUGCAGGCGGGGCAGAGGGGGUAUACGCCGCCGGGUGGGCCGGUGAAGACGAUUUAG